CUCUGUUGAUCCUAUUGACCACUCAAUUGAUUCCGUCCAUUAUUCUUCCCCUCUUAAAACUUACUGGUUAUCUUAAUUCGUGUGUGCCGGUGCGGUUACAUGUUUUCAUUCAACCCUAAUUCAAGACCACGCUCUUUUUUUUUAAGUUCCAGUUGUAACUCAUCAUCAUAAUGCCUACAGCACCUGCGACACCGUCUCUACCUCAAGUGUCCUUCGUGAAUUUGUAUUCGGAGGACCCUUGGAAGAAACGUCAGCGGGUCAGAAUUCAGCAAGCCUGCUCGGAAUGUCGCCGCCAGAAAAUAAAAUGCGAUGGUCAAAAACCUUGCAAAUCCUGUAAAAAAAGCGACCGCAAUUGCGUCUACAAUGCCGCGGCCCAUGCGUCUGGUAGUGCUUCGCCCGCAAACAAAGAUGAUCACCAUGAAAAUGCAUCCAAGGACGAUCAUAUGAGCCCAUCCACGUCUGGCGCUUCGGUCUCUGCUUCCACAAGCGUUACAGGCCCUGAGGCAUCGAAUGCAACCAAUUCAACUGAUUAUAACCAACAGCAUGGACAAUCCUCCUCCUCCUCCUCAGCCCAUCCACACUCUUCUCACCCUUACUCUAAACAUCAACAUACUGUUCAUCGAAAUCAUUCUCAUGUUCAGCACAUUCAUCAUUCAAAGGAUGGCCAUGUCAAACAAGAGCCUGUAGACCAUGUUAAACCAUCGCCUCUCCGGAAGGACUCUAAGCAUGACCGCAAGGGCCACGAUCAUAAUAGUGAAAGCAAGGCCAAUAAAAUGCAUGUCAAAGAUAUUGGCAAGUACGGAGUUCCUUUAGACGAGUGGCAAAAACAAGACGAAUCGUCAACCACUUCGAGCCCUGGCAGGAAAACAAGUAAGUCAACACCUUUGUAACCCUGCCCAAGAGUUUAAUUGAUAUUAGGGAUGUAAAUUAUUUUUAUAAAAAAAAAGGUACCGUGGGAGAACGCUGAGGGCGCAAGUCAUAGCCAACAAUGGGUGAAUGAGGUGAUGGGGCGAAAGUGGGCCUUGGGGCUGCAAAUUAAUAAUAAAAUAAAAAGAGCACUGCGGUAUUUGUCUGAUCCAUCCGAAGCGGAGCGCAACCAAGG